CCGGAUGUUCAGGCCGUGGAGCAAAGGCGAGGAGAGGAAGAGCCACGGGCUUUGGGGGAGGCACCAUCGCGGCUCUGACUGAGGCGGCCGCCGCAGCGCAGGCGGAACCCUGGGGACGGCGCCGGUCGUCAGCCGGCGCCCUUUCGCCGAGGCCUUCCGCCGUCCCGCCGUUACCCCGGCAACGGCGCCGCCGGCGCAACGCGGAGCGCGGGCCCGGCCGCAGGAUGAUGCUCUCGCGGGCCAAGCCGGCCGUGGGGGGUACCCCGCCGCCGGGAGACAGGCGGAGGAAGAAAGGGAAGGAGGUGCCGCAGUUGGAAGAACUCCUGGCGCAGAGGGACUUCACCGGCGCGAUCGCCUUGCUGGAGUUUAAACAGCACGUGGGUGAGGAGGAGGAGGAUGGCAACCUUUGGAUCGGAUACUGUGCGUUUCAUUUGGGUGACUACAAGAGAGCUCUGGAGGAAUAUGAGGCUCUAACCAAGCAAGCAACUUGCAAUCCAGAUGUGUGGGUGAACCUUGCCUGUACCUACUUCUUUCUGGGGAUGUACACGCAAGCAGAGCAAGCAGCUUUGAAAGCACCCAAGAGUGGUCUCCAGAACCGUUUACUCUUUCACCUGGCACAUAAGUUCAGUGAUGAAAAGAAACUGAUGAGCUCUCACCAGAACCUGCAAGAUGUUACAGAAGAUCAGCUUAGCCUGGCAUCUAUCCACUACAUGCGGUCCCACUACCAAGAAGCUAUUGAUAUCUACAAACGCAUUCUGCUGGACAAUCGGGAAUACCUGGCUCUGAAUGUAUAUGUGGCCCUGUGCUAUUACAAACUGGAUUACUACGAUGUAUCACAGGAAGUGCUAGCUGUUUAUCUUCAGCAAGUUCCUGACAGCACCAUUGCUCUUAACCUUAAGGCUUGUAACCAUUUCCGACUUUACAAUGGAAAGGCUGCAGAGGCAGAGCUCAAAAACUUGACAGACAGUGCCUCAUCAUCUUUUGAGUUUGGCAAGGAGCUCAUUAAGCACAAUCUGGUGGUUUUCCGAGGAGGAGAAGGGGCUUUGCAAGUCCUCCCUCCCCUGGUUGAUGUUAUUCCUGAGGCAAGACUGAAUCUUGUGAUUUACUAUCUCCAGCAAGAUGACGUGCAGGAGGCUUAUAACCUGAUUAAGGACCUGGAACCUACAGCUCCACAGGAGUACAUCCUCAAAGGGGUGGUAAAUGCAGCACUUGGACAAGAAAUGGGCUCGAGAGAUCAUCUGAAAAUUGCUCAACAGUUCUUCCAGUUGGUGGGGGAAUCAGCCAGUGAAUGUGAUACCAUUCCAGGAAGACAGUGCAUGUCCUCCUGCUUCUUUCUUCUUAGACAAUUUCCUAAUGUCCUAAUUUACCUCAACUCAAUCAAGAGUUACUUCUACAACAAUGACACUUUUAACUUCAACUAUGCCCAAGCCAAAGCUGCAAUGGGCAAUUUUAGUGAAGCUGAAGAGGUGUUCCUUUUGAUCCAGAGUGAGAAGAUAAAAAGUGAUUUUGUUUACCUUAGCUGGCUGGCUCGCUGCUAUAUUAUGAAUAAGAAACCACAGCUAGCCUGGAAGCUCUAUCUGAAGAUGGAAACAUCAGGGGACUCCUUUAACCUAUUGCAGCUCAUUGCAAAUGAUUGUUACAAAAUGCGUCAGUUUUACUAUUCAGCCAAAGCCUUUGAUGUUCUGGAGAGACUGGACAAUAAUCCUGAAUACUGGGAAGGCAAGAGAGGUGCUUGUGUGGGUGUAUUUCAAAUGAUCUUAGCUGGCCGAGAAGCAAAAGAGACCCUGCGGGAAGUUCUGCACCUUCUGAAGAGCACUGGUAAUUCUCAAGUAGAGUACAUUGUUCGUGUCAUGAAAAAGUGGGCCAAGGAGAACAGAGUCCCUGUUUGAGUCAGUGUCACAGAAUGAUCCAGUACACUCGAAUUCAGAGAUUCUCCUUAAACAGAAAACCAGCAAUGCUAGCCAUAUUGUUGGUGCAAUGGAUUCUUGUGAUGCAGCAGCAGCAGUUCUAGUAAAAGCUACAUAAACACCAACAUACCUGCAGCUGGAUCAUCUCCUGACACAGAAAUGGAAGCUGCAGCUGCUGUGGCAGCAGUUCCAGUGAAAGGACCACAAGGAUCACCAAGAUGUGUGGUUGGACCAUAAGAAACCAAGGAUAGAGUGAGGAAGCAGCUGAUGGUAAAUGAGGAUGUUCUCUCUCUGUCUUGGAGCUUUUGAGCAGUGGAGAUGUGACUGGCACUCCUAUGAGCUGGCUGCCACUACAGAUGUUACCCUAAUGUAGACCUCAGUGCUCACCUUAAGGAAAGGAGAGAACAAUUGCCAUCCCAUGCCACCUAAGCUUUUUAUGUAAUAUUAUUAUACAAGCAGAACGUUUUCUCCUGCAUUCCCAUCCAAGGGCAAGAGGCUCAUAGCUCAUGGAAGUAAAGAAGUAAAAGAAAGAAAAAAAAGAAGUAAAAAAAAAGAAGUAAAGAAAACAAGCUCCGUGGAGACAUACAACUGAUGAUAAGGACAGCUCUGCUUUCUGGUGGGACCCUGGGCCUGCUGCUGUGGGGUGUCCAGCCCAGAGGAUGCCAGACAUGGGCUUCCAUGAGGUCCAGGAGAGCAGUGACCACUGGUCUGUAAUGAAACAGGGUACAGCUCUGACUCUACCACAACCAACACAGCCCAAAAGCAUGAGAGUGCUACAGACAGAGAAGCCAGUCCAAAGCAGAGCAGGAGUAUUCCACCUGCACCAAAGUAGAGGCCUCUGUAGUUUGCUGGUCUGUCUCUGUUGUUUUCUGUAUUUGAAACUAAGUCAGGUCAACAAACUGCUGCUCACUGAUGUGGCUGUAGCAUCUGUAGUUCCAAGCAUCCACUUUGUCUGAUCUACUCAUGCUGCUUUUCACCAGUGAAAUAAAAAGCAGUUUCAGUAUCACCUCAAAAUUACUCUUUGUGUAAUUGUUAAUUUUUUUUUAACUCUUAAUGUGCCUCUCUGUGUCCUUCAGAUAACAUACAAAGGGAAGGAAUCUGUAUUCAAUAUUGGACUAUUUUAGCAUGGCCAUAUCCUGAGAGGAAGCAAAGUAACUGGCAGCACAUCUCUAAUUACUUUUUUAAAAAUUAUACUUGUUAAAUUUUGUGUUGUACUGACAAGGGCAGCAAAGUGUACUAUACACUACAGACAAUACCUGAGAUUGAGCUUAAUGACAAAGAAGAAAAUGGGUAGCAAAACAGAAUAAAAAGUAUGGAUAAAUUACAAAUCUAACUCCUAUUGAAGUGUUUUAAAUGGUACAAGCCUGGAACUCUUCUGGUGUAUUCAAAACCAAAUUCUUUGAGAGCUUAUGAUCUAGUGAAUUUGGUUGUUUUCUUUUCUGAAUGGUUCUAGCAUCUUAGACCCAAUGUAACAUUAACAUAUUCUAGUAACUACUAUGGUUGGAUCUCCUGCCAAGGUUCUUUUUAAUUUAGUUCAGAUACUCACAGCAAACUGUCUUUAGUGACUUCACUUUAAAUGCAAAGAUCAAGAACUAUUGUUUGUCUAGUUGCAUAAACAAAUACUAAGCCUUAUAAAAACAAUAUGUGCACAUCAAGAUGCUUAGAUAGUACAGAAAUAUGAGGAUUCAUUUUUCUAAUUAAGUUCCUAGGAGAAAGGAAAAGGGGGCAUACAAAUUACUAUUUCAUAGUAACCUUAGAUGUGAAAGACUGCUUCUAAUAUCAAGGUCUACAAUCUCAGAACAAAUGGCCACCUGAAAUUAUUUCCAAGAACUACUUCUGGUUUUCUCUGUAACCCUACCAUGGGUUGAAUGACGAUUGUUCCUUUCCAGCUUAUUUUUUUUCCUACUUUAAAAGCAUGUUAAAAAUCUGACCAAGAUGUGGUUCCAGGUGUAUCUACACUACAAGACAAUAUGAAGCACUGGAUUCAGGUACUCGUAAAACUGAUUUUAUUCACUGAUUACAUCUGAAUAUAGUCCGCUAUAUCUUAGUUAAGAGACUGAAAGACUGAAUGGAGUCUUACAUUAGAUACUUAAAAUACAUAGUUUAUCACUUUCCAGGGAUAUAUCCAAGUAUUAUCUAUCAAGAAACUACCUGUUGUAUUCUUGUACUUAUUUCAAGGCCUAGACUCCCAUUUGGUAAUUGAAAACAAGGUUCAGCAGAGCUGCAGAAGAGCCUGUGACUUCCACAUAAGAUUUCUGUUUGAUAUGCAAUAAACUGCUCUUUUUCUGAGGAAA